UCAGACCAGCCCGCCUUACCUCACUCCCCCUGUCCGCGAGCCCGGUGUUUACGGGCAAAUCUGACCGCAGAUCAGCGCACUCGGGCUCCCUACACACUACGAGUUACACCAACUGGGACUGAGACCAGAGGAAAUCGUGUUCGUCGGUAGCCAAGGUACGCACGCCAAGACUCAUCCACAGCAGACCGAGGCGAGGGAACGGACAAGAAGGGAGAGAAUUCAAGGGGAAAGCUGGUAGGAACCACAGAGGAGUUCACUGCAAAAGAAAAAAAUCCCCACGCGUUUAGGGGCGAGAGGAGAGGGUGACUGGCUGGCCCCGCAGAAGGAGUAGUAUUACGCGAAGCUAAUUUCCAACAUUUUCUAUUCUUGGCAGCGAGAGUGCUCUCCGAGCCACAUUUAUAAAGAGAGCUAGCGGAAUGUAAUGCUAGCAGGCUAGCCGAUGUUAGCUAGCUAAUUAGCUUGUCAGGCAUCCGAGAGUCGGACGUGUGAUCUUUAUUAAAAUAGGACACUGUCGUCGUUUUUCUUUUUUCAGGGGGAAAAAAGACAGAGAGGGACAACUGUACUUAAUGUGCUUUGUGUUGGAUUCUGCCAUGGUUUUAAAGGGGUGUCUCGCAUAGCUAAGGCUAAGUUAGACAAUAAACAGUGCAAGCUUGUGUAUAUUGAUGAAAAUCCGUUCAAUAUUAUCUGUCUGGGAAAAGCCAAAUCCAUUGUGAAUAUCGAGCCGUGGACAAACCAAAAGGAGAAGGCAAAGGUAACAAAAGAAAAGAAAAAGCCAAAGAGACUUUUGACUGGUGACUGUCUCCCGUCCAAUGUUAAUGUCGACCGACGUUGCAUCUAUUAUGCUACCCGUUAGUCGGGGAAUAAUGGACCGGGAAAGGGACAUUGAUACAGCAGCCGGACCCCAUGCAAACGCGGCCGGGGGUCCAGCCGUGGUCCGAGGGAUGAAGAGAGGAGAUCCGGAGCCCGACGCUCAGACUGCCGCUGCCCUCACUGACUUGUCCGGAGCGGAGUGCAAAAGACCAAGGAUAGACGGGACCGGGAGUGUUGUCGGUGACAUUGGCCAGAACAAUGAGCCUUUAAAUCCCGGUUUCCAUGGAUACCAACCUCACAGUCAGGGCUCUCAGGAUUCGACAGGAGGACAGGAGGGUUUGGUGGCCCCACCCUUUACAGCAUUCCCACCUCCACCCCCUCCUCAAAACGGUCUACCGGGAACAGAGUUUGGCCCUGGGGCCAUGUUUGGUGCUGGAGGCCAAGGUGCAGCAGAGGUAGGGGCUGGUGCAAAUGGAGCCCCCACCUCCACCAACAACAACAGCAGCAAUAAGACAGAGGAGACGUCUCAGGGUGAGGCGGGUGUACAGUGCGGCGCAGGAGGCACAGGAGCGGGAGGCUCAGCAGGAGACUCGACAGAGGCCAAAGGGACCCCCAAACGCCUCCAUGUUUCAAACAUCCCCUUCCGCUUCCGGGACCCAGACCUCAGGCAGAUGUUUGGGCAAUUUGGGAAGAUCCUGGAUGUUGAGAUUAUUUUCAAUGAGAGGGGUUCAAAGGGUUUUGGCUUUGUGACAUUUGAGAACAGCGCAGACGCAGAGAAAGCCAGGGAAAAGCUCCACGGCACACUGGUGGAAGGUCGUAAGAUUGAGGUGAAUAACGCCACCGCCAGAGUGAUGACUAACAAGAAGAUGGUCAGCCCUUAUCCUAAUGGAGAAGCUCUCAGCACACUACCCUAUGCAGGGUGGAAGUUGAGUCCUGUGGUGGGAGCUAUGUAUGGACCAGAGAUCUACGCAGUUCCAGGGUUUCCCUACCCUACAGCAGCAGCAGCAGCAGCCACAACAGCGGCAGCGGCAUUUCGCGGUGCCCACCUCCGGGGCCGAGGCCGGCCCGUCUACAGUGCUGUGCGGGCCGCUGUGCCGCAGCCUGCCAUCCCUGCCUAUCCUGGACUAGUGUUUCAGGACUCAGUCCUUAGUCCCAGAUUGCCUCAGGGAGGCUACCCGGCUGCUGCUGCAGCCGCCGCCGCCGCUUAUCGCUACGCCCAGCCUGCAGCUGUAACCGGGGCAACCGCUGCAGCUGCUGCCUACAGUGACAGUUAUGGCCGGGUGUACACUACAGAUCCAUACCACGCUUUAGCUCCGGCGGCUGCUGCUUACGGCGUGGGAGCCAUGGCCAGUUUAUACCGGGCUGGAUACAGUAGGUUUGCUCCUUACUAAAACCACAAAUCACAUCCAAGGAAUUUCACUUUGGUCCAAAACCCUUUUUCAGGCUCUUUGCUUGGCAGGAGCUCCCCUACAUUUUUUUCUGCAGGCAGAUUAUAGCAACAACCCCUUUUAUUAUUUUCUUUUCCCUUUUUUUGUCUUGUGGCGAGAGAAGUCAUUGCCACAUCAUCAACUGAAACUCAGUUCCUGUACUUUUGUGUCCGUCACUGACAUGGAAACGAUGACAAAAACCCCCAAAACAAAAAAACUGCCAGGAGUGUAUCCCUUGUAUAAAGAGCUGGAGCAACAGGACACAGUUUGGGAUGCUUUUUUUGUUAGAUUUGUUUUUGUUUUUUUAAGAAAAACACUACAGGACCUGGAAGGAGACAGACUGCUGUUGUUCCUAUGACAUCCUGCACACUACAAAAUCUUUUUUUUUUUUUUUUUUUGGUCCCUAAAAAUAUCCAGACUUCCAGUUUAUCCACUGUCCUGUCAGAUCACACACACACUCUUACAUUAAACACCAAGUAUAGAUUCCUCUACACUUCCCUUUAGUGUCAGACUUCACUAAAUGAUACUAGAAAAAGGUACUUCUGUUUUUAAACACUACGUUGACAUAGAGCUGCUCCCCCCUACAUCCUUCUGAUGUUAGUAUCAUGUAAUACUGAAAAAAAAGAAAAGAAUCAAAUGCAGAGGAUGUAGGAGCUAUUCUUGUUUUUGCCACGCUGGAACAUCCAACUUUCAGCUGGAGGAAACUUCUGACAGAAACCACUUUUUUUGUUCUCUUAAUAACUUCGAACUUAUAUGGCAUGUCUAUUGGGG